CGGGCCCGGGGGGCCGCACGCGCAACGGGAUGCCACCCGCCACUGACGGAUGCCCGUCCAGAGCAUGAGCUCAAGCAAGAACCCGCGGUGCAACCGCUACCCCGGCAACAGCCCGGCCGGCCUCCCGGCCACAGAGAACGCCAACGGGACCAGAAUGGAAACCACCUUCGGGCCCACGUUCUCCACCGUCACCACCGUCACUAAAGCGGAUGGAAGCAACACAUACAAGCAGCACCGGCGGACGCCCUCCUCCUCGAGCACACUGACCUUCUCCCCGCGGGAAGAAGAGGACGGAAUGCCCCCGAUGAGCGGACCCCGACUGUCUGACUCAGCUAUCUCCGUCCGCUCGCUGCACUCCGAGUCCAGUAUGUCCCUGCGCUCGACGUUCUCUCUCCACGAGGAGGAGGAGGAGCCGGAGCCCUUGGUGUUUGCGGAGCAACCGUCCGUGAAGCUGUGUUGUCAGCUGUGCUGUAGUGUGUUUAAGGACCCCGUGAUCACCAUCUGUGGGCACACGUUCUGUCGGAGAUGUGCCUUAAAAUCUGAGAAGUGCCCCGUGGACAAUGCCAAGUUGACCGUGGUGGUCAACAACAUCGCAGUUGCGGAGCAGAUCGGAGAGCUGUUCAUCCACUGCAAGUACGGCUGCCGCCCGGCCACCACGGGAAAGCCCUCCGCGGCCUUCGAGGUGGACCCCCGGGGCUGCCCGUUCACCAUCAAGCUCAGCGCCCGCAAAGACCAUGAGGGCAGCUGCGACUACCGCCCCGUACGUUGCCCCAACAACCCCAGCUGCCCCCCACUCCUCAAGAUGAACCUGGACGCCCAUUUGAAGGAGUGUGAGCACAUCAAGUGUCCUCACUCCAAAUACGGGUGUGUGUUUAUAGGUAACCAAGAUACCUACGAGACGCACCUGGAGGUGUGCAAGUUCGAGGGCCUGAAAGAUUUCCUGCAGCAGACGGACGAUCGGUUCCACGAGAUGCAAGUGGCCAUGGCUCAGAAGGACCAAGAGAUUGCCUUCCUGCGCUCCAUGCUUGGCAAGCUGUCCGAGAAGAUCGACCAGCUCGAGAAGAACCUGGAGCUCAAGUUUGAUGUGCUGGAUGAGAACCAGAGCAAACUCAGCGAGGAUCUCAUGGAGUUCCGGAGGGAUGCGUCUAUGCUCAACGAUGAGCUGUCACACAUCAAUGCCCGCCUGAACAUGGGGAUCCUGGGAUCCUACGACCCGCAGCAGAUCUUCAAGUGCAAGGGCACCUUCGUGGGCCACCAGGGCCCAGUCUGGUGCCUGUGUGUCUGCUCCAUGGGAGACCUGCUGUUCAGCGGCUCCUCCGACAAGACCAUCAAGGUCUGGGACACCUGCACCACAUACAAGUGCCAGAAAACUCUGGAGGGGCACGAUGGCAUCGUGCUGGCCCUCUGCAUCCAGGGGUGCAAGCUGUACAGCGGGUCGGCAGACUGCACCAUCAUUGUUUGGGACAUCCAGAACCUGCAGAAGGUCAACACGAUCCGAGCUCACGACAACCCCGUUUGCACCCUGGUCUCCUCCCACAACCUGCUCUUCAGCGGCUCCCUCAAAGCCAUCAAGGUGUGGGACAUCGUGGGGACCGAGCUGAAGCUGAAGAAGGAGCUGACGGGCCUGAAUCACUGGGUGCGAGCCCUGGUGGCCUCCCAGAACCACCUCUACAGCGGCUCCUACCAGACAAUCAAGAUCUGGGACAUGCGGACCCUGGAGUGCGUCCACGUGCUGCAGACGUCGGGAGGGAGCGUCUACUCCAUCGCCGUCACCAACCACCACAUCGUCUGCGGCACCUACGAGAACCUCAUUCAUGUGUGGGAUAUCGACUCGAAAGAGCAGGUGCGGACGCUGACGGGCCACGUAGGCACUGUGUAUGCCCUGGCGGUCAUCUCCACGCCGGACCAGACCAAAGUCUUCAGCGCCUCUUACGACCGGUCCCUCCGGGUCUGGAGCAUGGACAACAUGAUCUGCACCCAGACCCUCCUGCGCCACCAAGGCAGCGUCACGGCCCUGGCCGUCUCCCGCGGACGGCUCUUUUCUGGGGCCGUGGACAGCACCGUCAAGGUCUGGACCUGCUGAGGAGCGAGGGCAGGCUGGCCCCUUGCACCCACCCACCGAGCUCCGCCACUGUGGGCCUGGCCACCACCCACCCGCCUGCCCACCCGUCCACCUGCUGCAGCCUGGGUGGCUCUCCCGGAUCUCCACCUCAGACGCCCCGGCCUGGGACUGGGCCCGGGCGUUGCCGUGGGCCUGCCUACCUGCUGCAGCCUGGGCAUCUCUCCCAGAUCUCCGCUCCAGAUACCGUGGCCCAGUGCUGUCCCUGGGUACCGUUCUGGGCUUGGCCGCCCACCCGCCCACUGCAGCCCGGGCGGCUCUCCCGGAUCUCCAUUCCAGAUACCCCAGCCCAGGACUGGGCCUGGACACUACUGUGGGCCCGGUCGCCCGCCCACCCGCUGCGGCCUGGGCCGAUCUCCCCAGUCUUUAGAUUAAACACACUAACCUGGGGCCGGACAUGGGCCCCGCUGUGGGCCUGGCUACCCGCCCACCCACUGCAACUUGGGCAGCUCCCCCGGAUUUCUAAACACCAUGCCCUGGGGCUCAGGCUGAGCACUGUUGUGGCCCUGGCUGCUCCCCUGCCCAUUGCAGCCCGGGCAGCUCUUCUGAAUUUCCACUCCAGACACACCCACUCCGGUGACUGAGCCCAAUCAUGCCACGGGCCUGGUUGCCCCCGGCCUCUCCUCACCUGCCGCCUGCACAGGCUCCUAGCCUGCCACUCCUGCCCCAGGCUGGCAUCUCCCGUCCCAGCACCCGGUUACCCCGUGCUUAACUGCCCCCUGUGGACUCUGGCCUGGUGCUGCUGGGUCGGGCCAGGCGGCCAGUGAGUACCCACUUGAAGUUGCUGAGGGAUAGUUGGGGGCGCGGGCAUCAUCACGGGCACAGAUGUGCCCGACCCCGGACGGGGAGCCCUCCGGGCUCGGCCCCCGCCCCUUCUCCCCCCCACCCCCAGGAGCAACCUGCCCCCGGGGCCCACCUGCGCCAGCGGUGCCAGGAGCCAGGUACGAUUUUUAGGCCAGACUCGCCCUCAGACCCGCAGACCAAGCUGCUGCAGCAGCCUCCACGGGCCCCGGCUCACCCCUCCUGGGAGACGCCUCUGUCGCUUUUUACUCACGUUUUCUACGGUUUUUAAGAUUGUAAUAUAGAUUUGAUGAUUUCUUUGUUGACAAUAAAAGCUGAGCGGAUCCUGUGGA